AUGGCUUCUCCUGGAGCAUAUUCAUCUGGUACAAGCUCUCUUCAAAACUCUGGAUCUGGAUCAGAGGGAGAUAUGAAUAUGAAUAUGAACACGAACAUGAAUCACAUGCAGGUGAAUAUAACAGAUCAAAAGAAGAGGAAGAGAAUGCAAUCCAACCGAGAAUCGGCACGAAGAUCAAGGAUGAAGAAACAGCAACACAUGGAAGGACUUAGCGCACAAAUUGAAGAGCUGAAAAAAGAGAAUAAUCAAAUAAGCACAAACGUAGGGAUAACUACUCAGAUGUAUCUGAACGUUGAAUCUGAGAAUGCGAUUCUUAGGGUUCAGAUGGCUGAACUAAGCAACAGAUUGCAAUCGCUCAAUGAUAUUAUCCAAUACAUUGAAUCAAGCAAUUCACUGUUUCAGGAAACGGAUCAGUUGUUCAAUGAUUGUGGAUUCUUGGACACUUGGAACUUUUUUCCUGUUAAUCAACCGGUUAUGGCCUCUAAUGAUAUGUUGAUGUAUUGA